CUUACCUUGAAGCCCAUCAUAAUAUUCACAUACUCUCUCAAGCUCUCUCGUUCUCUCUCUUUCUCUUUCUAUACUCCAAACCCAGUUUCUGUGGCGGCUCUCUCUCUUCUGAGAUUGAGAUUUGGAUCCAUCUUCUUCAAUUCGAUUCGAUCUCUUUAUUCUUCACACGAUCUCUGUUGGCUCUUCAACCUCAACAACCGCCAUGGUAGCCCAACAGCCCCAACUUCAGGUUCAGGUUCAGACUCAGCAACCUACACCCUCUGCCCAAGAUGAGGCCUUGAAGAGAAACACGGAUUGCGUCUACUUUCUUGCGUCUCCUUUGACAUGCAAAAAGGGAAAUGAAUGCGAGUACCGCCAUAGUGAGUACGCUCGGGUAAAUCCUCGGGAUUGCUGGUAUUGGUUGAAUGGUAAUUGCUUGAAUCCCAAAUGUUCAUUCCGUCAUCCGCCUCUUGAUGGCUUGAUAGGAACACAGGCAACCACCCCUGGUGGACCAUCUGUACCCCCGUCACAGAUUGCAACAAUGUCUGCAACACCAACACAUGCACCUUAUAAUUCUAGUAAACAAGCUGUCCCCUGCAUUUUCUUCCAAAAGGGGCUUUGCUUAAAAGGUGACAGAUGUGCCUUCUUGCAUGGACCAAGUCCUAACACUGGUAAUAAAGUAACUACUCAAGUCCUCUUAAAUAGUCCUUUUAAGAAGCCUUUUGGCAGCAUUGAGAGGCAUACACAGGAAAGGAAAACUUCCCAGGGAAAUGUUGCAAGUUCAGUUGGAGGUCCUGAAACUAAAUCUUCCCAAAAAGUUGAAACUGCUCCACAAAGAAAUAUGUUUGAAUUGGAGAAGCAUGUGCCACUACCACCUGCGGGAUUUGAUAUUGAGGCUUCAAGAUUUAAGAUAACAAGCUCUCCACCAGUCACCAAUGGGCCCACUGUAGCCCGGUCUAAUCGUCUGCAUCAAGCCCGUGUGCCAGAUGAUCAUAGUUUCCAUAGUGGGAAAGACAGUGAUGAGUUUCUCAGAGAAUCCUCUCCUGGGUUUGAUGUUCUUGUAGCUGAUGAACUUAGGAAUUCUGAUUACUACCACGGGGAAGAUGAAUUUGGUAAAGCAAGAGGUCAAGAUGAAAGGACCUUAGACUCUCUGAAUGAAUAUGAUUUAGGACACUCUGCUGAUUAUAGUUUAGCUGCUGAUAUUGAUCGAGAAAGAUUUCGUGUACCCCAAGGUUAUGACUCGUAUGAUCAUAUGCAAGAGCCAUAUGCUUGGGAGCAGCAUAGAAAGGCGCCGGCCCAUUUAGAAAGAAGGACUCACCGCAGGUCUGACAGCCCUGACAAUGUUGAGGUCUCAGAUCUGCGACAUCGUUUAUCCAAGCGCAAGAAGGUCAAUGGUUUGAAAUCUGUUGUCACUCAUGAUUAUGCCCUUGAAAGCCAUGGUGAGGAACAAAGUCAACGGUUCUUCUCUCGAAAGGAUUCACCCCCGUUACCUAUGAAUGAUAGCUCCCUCAAUAAUCGCUUCCGAGGCAGAAUAAAACUUCCGGCAAAUGGUGGUGAUGAUCAUCUUGAGAGGGAGUCAGACAAAGGAAGAAUUAGGAGCAGAUUGUCAUCUGGAAGGUUGCUGGCCCCUCACCAGGGAAGGAUCCAAGAUAGAGUAAGAGGAAGGUCGCAGGAUGAUGAGAGGAGAAACUUCAGGGAUCGAUCCAUGGGGCGAGAACUAGUGGGAGGAAGAAGUGAUUUUGCUGGGCCAAAAAGUCUUGCUGAACUUAAAACUGGGAGUAACACUGAGAAUAAGGAGCAACAAUCUCUGGGAAAGAGAAAGAGUUUAAGGGAUCAUCAACAAUCUGAAGAUGAUUUUCUUUUCGAAGGUCCAAAACCUCUGAGUGAAAUUCUGAAGGAGAAGAGAGGAGUUGGAGCUGGUGCAGCCUCCGAGAGUGGUAAAUCAUCUGACAAUAAGAAUAGAGAAAUUACCCAUAGCUCAGAUCAUACAUCUGUCAUAAACAAACAAAAUGGAGCAUUGUUUGAGACCAAGGAAAAUGUCAAGAACCAUUUGCUAAUUAAUGAAGAAGAAUCCAAGCUUAAGGUCACUGAUGCAGUUGGAAGAGAGAUUGAUAAUGCUGAUGUAACACAUGGUCAAUCAUCCGAGGAUGGAAUGAUUUACGAUGAAGCCGGGGAGUAUCAGGAGUUCGAAGGUGAUGAUCAGAGAGAUGGGGACUAUGAUUAUGAGCAAGUUGAUGAGGGGGAGUAUGAAUAUGAACAAGUUGAUGAGGGUGAAAAUCAAGAGCAAGAAUACAUAGAUGAUGAAGAUGGGGACGACUUUGCUAAGAAGAUUGGUGCUGUUCUUACGUAAUUAUGGAAAAGCUGAGAAACUGAUUGAACAUCUGCUUGUGAUAUGAAUAUGAUGAUCUGGUAGACCUCCCAAGCUUAUCUUUUGUAGAACUGGGGAAAUCAUUAUCCAUUUAUUUUCGUGUAUUAGUUAAUCCAUUUUUACUUUUACGGUGUUUUUCAUCUGAUUGAAUGGAUCUUUUCAUGUGAGCAGUGGGGCAUUCUGCUGUGUUCUCCGCAUAUAAGUGUCAUGCAGAGUGCAAGCCUGUAACGUCAGAAAGUUAAUAAUAAUA